AUGCGCUUCUCAACGUCCUCCAUCCUCCUGGCUCUGCCGCUCCUCGGCGCAGCUGCCGAGUCUCCUUUCGAGGAGUACAAGGCGCAAUUCCAGAACUUCUUGGGCCAGUUCGGUUCUUACAUUCCCAGCCCCAACCGCCACGACCAUGCCGAUGCUGCCGCAUCCAAGGCGGCCAAGAAGAUGGACGUUUUGUCUCUCGACAACUGGAAGAGCACUCUCUACAGCCCCGUCAAGCCUGGUGCUACGACCCCAGAGGAGUGGUGGGUUUUCGUGACCGGGCGCAACAAGACCUGCUUUGGCCACUGCCUGCAAGUGGAAUCGGCCUUCAACGAGACCGCCGCAAAGUUCGCUACCCAAGCCAAGGCCCCUCACAUGGCCUACCUCAACUGCGACGACCAGCCCAUCCUCUGCAACAGCUGGUCUGCCAGCCCUGGCACUCUGUGGGUGUUUGAGAUGCUGCCACCACCUGCCAAGAUCGACAUCUACCUCAAGCGCUUCAACCUCACCACCACGACUUCGCAGGACUUUGUCAAGGUCUAUGAAAGUGGCAGCAAGGAGAACUUCCACCUGCACGAUGGCUACUUCCACCCCUUCGAUGGUCCUCUGGCCACCUAUGGUGCCGCGGUUCCUGUUGCUUAUGUUCUCUGGGUGCUGAACGUCGUCCCCAGCUGGGCCAUGAUGCUCAUCAUCUCCUUCUUCAGCCGAAGCAUGAUGUCUCGUCGCAUGAACAACAUGGAUGGCCAGCGAAGGCCAGCCGCAGCGGCUGCUGCUGCCCGUUAA